AAAGCCGGAAGGGGAACGAGGGCCUCUGCGGAGAGGGGUUGGCAAAAAUGACAACGUUAGUGCUGGAUAACGGAGCCUACAACGCCAAAAUCGGCUACAGCCAUGAAAAUGUCUCGGUUAUUCCUAACUGUCAGUUCAGAUCAAAAACAGCUCGUCUCAAAACAUUUACUGCUAACCAGAUAGAUGAGAUAAAAGACCCCUCUGGCCUGUUUUACAUCCUUCCAUUUCAGAAGGGCUACUUGGUGAAUUGGGAUGUUCAAAGACAAGUUUGGGAUUACCUUUUUGGAAAAGAAAUGUAUCAGGUUGAUUUUAUUGACACUAAUGUUAUCAUCACAGAACCAUAUUUUAACUUCACUUCAAUUCAAGAAUCAAUGAAUGAAAUUCUGUUUGAAGAAUACCAGUUUCAAGCAGUAUUAAGAGUGAACGCUGGCGCUCUCAGUGCACAUAGAUACUUCCGAGAUAAUCCUUCCGAAUUAUGCUGUAUCAUUGUAGAUAGUGGAUAUUCCUUUACGCAUAUCGUUCCUUAUUGUAGAAGUAAAAAGAAAAAAGAAGCCAUUAUAAGGAUAAAUGUGGGAGGGAAACUCCUAACAAAUCAUCUAAAGGAGAUCAUAUCUUACAGGCAGCUACAUGUUAUGGAUGAAACACAUGUGAUUAACCAAGUGAAAGAAGAUGUCUGCUAUGUGUCUCAGGAUUUUUAUAGAGACAUGGAUAUUGCGAAAUUGAAAGGAGAAGAAAAUACAGUAAUGAUAGACUAUGUUUUACCUGAUUUCAGUACAAUUAAAAAGGGCUUUUGUAAGCCAAGGGAAGAGAUGGUGUUAAGUGGAAAAUAUAAAUCUGGAGAACAGAUUCUUCGCCUGGCCAAUGAGAGAUUUGCUGUUCCAGAAAUACUCUUUAAUCCUUCUGAUAUUGGAAUUCAAGAGAUGGGAAUCCCAGAAGCUAUUGUCUAUUCAAUUCAGAAUUUACCUGAAGAAAUGCAGCCACACUUUUUUAAGAACAUCGUUUUGACAGGAGGAAAUUCCCUUUUCCCAGGAUUUAGAGACCGAGUUUACUCGGAAGUUCGAUGUCUUACUCCAACAGAUUACGAUGUCUCUGUGGUGCUCCCCGAAAACCCUAUAACUUAUGCCUGGGAAGGUGGAAAGUUGAUCUCUGAGAAUGAUGAUUUCGAAGAUAUGGUGGUCACAAGAGAAGAUUACGAAGAAAAUGGACAUAGCAUCUGCGAAGAGAAAUUUGACAUUUAAGAAACAUUUCCAAAUGAAAGUGUUGACUACUUGUGACCACAAGGAUUUCAUUUCUGUGUUCUUUUUAAAGAAACAUUAAGAAUUUGUGUUAUCUCUCAUCCAAAGAUAAAGUCUGAAAUUUAUAUAAUCUCUUUGAUCCAUGGCUAAUCAUCAAAGGUUUCUUAAGUGGGUUUUUAUAGUAGACUCUCAUAUUUUCAUUUAGGAGCCAGAAUGCCAUAACAAUGAUUAUCCUGUUUCUGUGAGUAUAUUCUUUCAUUGGAAAGUGAAAGAGUAAAUGCAUUUUAAUUCUGUGUAGCAGAAAGUAUAAACUUAGCUCUUUUGUUGGCCACUUUUCCGUAGAAGGUAAUUUUGUGUCACUAAUAGAAAUUGGUCAAAUCGGUGUUUUCAAGUCGAUAGGACUUCUGUCUCUUAGAGGCUGUUUUAAAACUGUCACUUAUAUUUAUACACACUUAAGCUGGAAAAACUACUCUUAGGUGUGUUUAAUGUCUUUUGUAUUUUAUUAAAUUUAAAGUAAGUUUGAAAAGGUGGAUACUGAAGCCAAUUCAAGUGUUUUUUGGGGGGUUGUAGAGAGAGCUUAAGGAAAUGGAGCAUAUGUUUUGCAUGAAGGGAGCCCCUGCUUUGAUCCCUGAGCACCGGGCUGGGCAUCACCCCUGAGUACCACUGAGUGUAGCCCAAAACCUGAAAAUAAAUGAAUGAAGUAUU